UGGUGGUGGAGGAAUCAGGUUCCCCGCAGAGAAAGGCUGGUUUUAAUGAAGGAUACAUUAGUGGGAAAUGUGGUGGUGGUGGUGGGGGACACACAACAGAAGAAUACAGAACCAUGUACAGGAUGGGGAAACUGGAGAACUGCCACCCCCUCCAGUUUUGUCAGACUAAAUUGGCCCAAUGAAUUGAUGGGUGGGAGAGGAGGAGCAGACAGGAAAGUUCCUCAUACAGCAGCGUGCAGACUGCUUUUUUCAUUUUCUUUGUUUGGACACAGGGACCUACACUCUGGCCAAAUCCAGCUAGCAGGCUCAUCCCCUCCACACAAACACACAAUUGUUUUCUUAAUAUGAAACAGGAUUGCUAGGCAAGGGUCUAUGUGUCCAUGAGGAGCCAUGGAGGAAAAUGCUGGCCUGUUUUCUUCUUCUUGGCAGGGUCUCAGUGACCUGUUCUCUGGCUGGGUCCAGGAGGAGAAUGCCACUGUCUAAUGCCACCCACUUUUAUUCCCCCACGUUCAUCCUGCUGGGGGUCCCGGGGCUGGAGGCGCUUCACUCCUGGAUCUCCAUCCCCUUCUGCCUUGGCUACCUCGUUGCUCUCGUGGGCAACUGCACCAUCCUCUUCAUCAUCAAAACGGAAGCCAGCCUCCACCAGCCCAUGUUCUACUUCCUCUCCGUCCUUUCGGCCAUUGACCUGGGCCUCUCCACCUCCACUCUGCCCAAGAUGCUGGCCAUCUUCUGGUUUGGCCUUGGGGAGAUCAGCCAUGGGGCCUGCCUGGCUCAGAUGUUCUUCAUCCACAGCUUCACGGGGAUGGAGUCUGUCGUGCUGCUAGCCAUGGCCUUUGACAGGUACGUGGCCAUCUGUGACCCUCUGAGAUACACCACCAUCUUGACCAAGGCAAGGGUAGCCUGGAUGUGUGCUUCCGUUGUGCUGAGGACAUUCUUAUUUGUGCUCCCCAUUGCCCUGUUGACUCUCCGCCUGCCAUUUUGCAGCGAUCACAUCAUCCUUGCCCACACCUACUGUGAGCACAUGGGCAUUGCCAAGCUGGCCUGUGCCGACAUCCGGAUCAAUAUGAUUUAUGGCUUGUUCACUAUUACCAUCCUCAUGCUUGAUGUGGUCUUCAUUCUUUUGUCCUAUGUGCUGAUCCUGCAGUCUGUUUUCCGGCUCCCCUCCAAAGAGGCCCGGCUCAAAUCCCUGGGCACUUGUGGCUCUCAUGUUGCAGUCAUUUUUGUCUUCUACACUCCUGCCUUCUUCUCCUUCCUCACCCACCGCUUUGGACGCAACAUCCCCCAUUAUGCACAUAUCCUCAUUGCCAACCUCUACGUCAUUUUGCCCCCGGUGCUCAACCCCGUCAUUUACGGCAUCCGGACCCGGGAGCUGCGCAGGAGGAUCCUGCAGUUCUUCUUCUCCAAACGGGCGCCUUUGUCCAACGUUUCCUGAUUAUCCUGCCUUGCAGGGGGUUGGACUAGAUGACCCCCAGGGUCCCUCCCCACUCUACGAUUCUAUUUUGCAUUCCUACAAUCUGUUGAGUGGGA